ACAUUUAUGUUCGGUUCAGAUCAGAUCGGAUCAGAUCGGGAGUUGGAUUUGUCUUUCCCGUUCUGGACACAAGCAUAACUGAUGACUGUUCUCAAAAUGUCAACACACUGAAAAACAAAGAUCCAACUAAUUAACAACCAAAAACAUACUUACAAACGAAAACCCAGUUUUCUGAGAUUUAGGAAGCUGGGUUUUUGACAUGGACGGAGAGGAGUCAAUUUCUCAGCAAAUAGUGGUGGAAGAAUGGACUAGUUCUUCCUCAACUAAACUCUCAAAAACUGCCACUAUUUCCUCCACCCCUUCAAUUUCAAUUCAAAGGUUUGACAGCCGUUUCAAGUUGGUGAGAAGACAGUUUCUGAGUGCCUUUGUUCCUGAGGGUUUUCCUAGUAGUGUAACUCCGGAUUAUGUACCUUUUCAAAUAUGGGAUUCACUUCAGGGCCUGUCGACUUAUAUACGGAUGAUGCUUUCAACUCAAGCUCUUUUGAGUGCUAUCGGAGUUGGUGAGAAAUCUGCUACAGUCAUCGGGGCUACUUUUCAGUGGUUCUUGAGGGAUUUAACUGGAAUGCUUGGGGGAAUCUUGUUCACUUUUUAUCAGGGAUCAAAUUUGGAUAGCAAUGCAAAAAUGUGGCGUUUGGUUGCAGAUCUAAUGAAUGAUCUUGGAAUGCUGAUGGAUCUUCUGUCCCCCUUAUUUCCCUCAGCAUUCGUAUUCAUUCUAUGCUUGGGAAGUCUGUCACGAUCAUUUACUGGUGUUGCUAGUGGAGCUACUAGAGCUGCUUUGACCCAGCAUUUUGCGCUCCAAGAUAAUGCAGCUGAUAUAUCCGCAAAGGAAGGAAGUCAAGAGACAAUGGCGACAAUGGCUGGAAUGGCUUUGGGAAUGUUUCUUGCUCAUGUUACUAGAGGAUACUCUCUGUCAAUUUGGUUCUGCUUCUUGUCUUUGACUAUAUUUCAUAUGUAUGCGAACUAUAAGGCUGUACGUUGUCUUUCGUUGAAUACAUUAAAUGGGGCAAGGAGCUCUCUUCUGCUACAGCAUUUUAUGGAGACUGGUCAAGUGCUUUCUGCUGAAAGGGUCUCAAUGGAGGAGCAUGUUUUACCCUUGUGGUUGAAUCCAUGGAGGUCUAAGAAGUUCAAAUUUUUGCAUAGUCACAUACGCUUAGGCGUGAAGGUCUCUUCUCUCAAUUAUGCAGAAAUGAAAGACCUCUUCUGCUGUGCAGGAUCUCAUUAUAAGAAAGCAAAGUAUAUACUGUUGGAGGAAAAGGGGAUGAUCAGUAUCAUUAUGCAUAGAGACUCGGCACCAGUGGAUAUCGUGCAGUCCUACGUACAUGCGCUUGUAAUGGCAAAUCUUUCAGUUAAAAGUACAUCCAGGCAUGUUGAAAGUUGUUCAUGGAUGGACAAAUAUUAUGAGAAUUUUAUCAAGAAGCUUAAGUCAUCAGGUUGGAAGACAGAAAGACUACUAUCACAUUCUGUUGUAUGGAGGGCCAGUUGGUUCAUAGGGUCGCCUGAUGAAAAGUUCGACUAGCAACCUGCAAACCUCGUGAUAGUCUUUCGGAGAGAAGAAUCAUUAUUUUCUAGAGAAGUAUCAUCUUUUUCCAGAUCUGCUCGGCCAUGGUUCUACCGCUGUUUCACCUACUAUUGUACCUUUUCCUUUUAUACAUUAAAGGUUUGUCUAAUGUUUCAAGGUUAAUCUCUAGUAUGUUAGGGUGCACCCCAUUUUUCCAUUUGCUCUUUGCAAGUGAGAUUGUAUUCAUUUUGCACACAGCACAAAUGAGGAGCAAGCGAAAACAGGGGUCGGAGGUCUUGAUAUGUUUCUUCCUAGUUCCUCCUACCAAUCCCUCAACCCCUGCCCUCGAGCAUUCAAAUUUAUGAUCAACAUGUUAAAUGUCUAGGAAGAAGGUGAAUAUCUUAAAUAUACAUGUGUUUUAACACAAAUGUA